UUUUUUUUAAAAAUUAAUUUUUUUUCAAUUGAGUAUAUUCGCUAAAUCAUAAGUGUUAUAUUUUACUUAAAAAAUAUUAAUAAAAUGGAUACUUCAAAACAAAAUUCAGAUACAACUAAAACUGAUGCUAAAAAUUUAUGGAAAAAAUGUGAUGUUGGAUAUCAGUUCCACGCUACAAUUUUUUCAACUGAUUCAACUACUGAAUCAGAUGAAACUAUUUCCUAUUUUAAAAAAGUAAAUAUUAUGGAUUUAGAAAAAGAAAAGAAAUUUAAAGAAAAUUUUAAAAAUUGGACUAGUGGAAAUAAAAAUAUUGAUGAAUUCAUACAACAAUCACAACUUAAUGCUUUUUAUUGCUCAAAAUGUCUUGAAUGGAUACCUUUUGAAAAUUUUGAAAAUGUUACCUAUCUUACUAGAGUUGGUUUUAGUAAAAUUUAUUCGGCUGACUGGCCCGAAGGAAAAAUUGGGGGAUGGGAUAUUGAAAAUCAAGAAUGGAUCCGAACUUCAAGAAAAGUUGCAUUGAAAAGUUUAAUUAAUUCAUCUAAUAAUAUAAGUAAUGAUUUUUUAAAUGAGAUCAAAUAUUACAUUUCAGGUCAUUUUCAUUUUCUUAAUACUAUUUUAUGUUUUGGAAUAACUCAAGAUCCAAAUACUAAAGAUUAUAUGAUGGUUUUACAAUAUUGUGAGGGAGGAAUUUUGAGAAAUACUUUAGUGGAAGGUUUAAAACUUGAAACUAAAAUAGAAUAUUUAUUUCAUAUUAUAGAUGGACUUUCAGGUAUUCAUGAUGCUGGAAAUAAUGAUAUACUAUCAAUUAGUGAUUUAGGAAUGUGUCAACCAGUAAAUGAUAAUGAGCGAAAAGGAAUUUAUGGAGUAAUACCUUAUAUGGCACCCGAAGUUUUACGUGGAUAUCAAUAUACAAAAGCAGCAGAUAUUUACUCAUUUGGAAUAAUAAUGAAUGAACUUAUGUCAGAAGAAAUUCCUUAUAAUGAUACAAUGUGUAUAAGAGACAGAAAUAGACCAACUGCUAAAGAAUUACAUCAAAUAUUGGGAAUAGUUGACGUUGAUGACAAAAGUAGCGAAAUUUAUUCUCAAAUAAAAGAAUGUGAAAAAAUUAAAGAGAAUAAAUUAAGAAACAGAACAAAUGAAAAUAAAUCUAAAAAUCUUCAAACACACCCACAAGCAAUUUACUAGCAGACUUUUAAAUUUUGAAUUCAACCGAUUAUUUAUCUUCAUUUCAAGAAACUAUUUCAUCAUCAUGAGCAAAUCCAAUUUCUGAAUGUUUGGAUUGUGAAUUAAAUGAAUUAGAUCUCAAUCAAGACGAUGAUAAAUAAAUUUUAAGAUGUAAAUUUAUUUAUUGCAUCGCCUCUAGGCAAAAUUAUGCAAUACCAAUCAAAAUAAAGG